AUGUCGGACAAGGACGCAGGCACUCCGCGCGUCUACCUCGCCCGCCAUGGCGAAACCGAAUGGACAAUCAACGGCCGCUACACGGGCGUGACCGACCUGCCGCUCACGCCCAAGGGCGAACUCCAGGUCGUCGGCAGCGGCCGCGCCCUCGUCGGGGCCGGCAAGCUGAUCGACCCCUCGAAGCUCGCCCACGUCUACAUCUCGCCGCGCACGCGCGCCCAGCGCACCUUCGAGCUCCUCUUCCCGGCGCCCGCGCAGGACGCGCUCCGCGCCGCCUCCAAGGUCACGACGACGCCCGCCCUCGCCGAGUGGGACUACGGCGCCUACGAGGGCCUGCUCACCAAGGAGAUCCGCGCCCGCCGCCAGGCCAAGGACCUCGACGCCGAGAGGCCCUGGGACAUCUGGCGCGACGGCUGCGAGGACGGCGAGAGCGCCGCCGAGGUGACGGCCCGCCUGGACGCCCUCAUCGCCGAGAUCCGCGCCCUGCAGGCGCCGUGCAUGAACGGCGAGGCCCCCGCCGACGUCGUCCUGGUCGCUCACGGCCACCUACUCCGCGCCUUCACUAAGCGCUGGCUGCGCUACCCUAUGGAGUUCCCGCUGAGCAUGAUGCUCGAGCCCGGCGGCGUCGGCGUCCUCAGCUACCAGCACCACAACAUCGAGGAGCCGGCUUUCAUGCUGGGCAUGGCGCUGCCGCCGGAGGAGAGCGAGAAGAACUAG